GAGAUUCCGUGACCGGAACGCGCUCUGCUGCACGCGGACUCCGGUAUUUUUCUCUACAGGCGUCGCAUCGUCCGCGCUGCCGUGACAGGAGCGGUCUGUCUGCCUGUCUGACUGUGAGGACCGGGAGUUUCUCCCCCUGUCUGUCUGUCUGUCUGUCUACCUGUCUGUGGGUUUCUCCGUCACUGUUGCUGGUUCUACUUUCACCUUUACCGGAUGGGAGGAUGAUCUGCGGACCUCCGUGAAGACCUGAGCUGCAGCUGGAGGAGCGAGCCCGACGUUCAGGACGUGACCGGACCGGCAGGUCGGCAGUCCCGCCGGGCACAGGAGCGUUUAUCCGGACUCAAGCUGUGGAUGCUCCGCAGGUCGGUGGUGAUGUCAUCAUGAUGCUCCCAGUCUCAAGGUUUAAAGGUCAGCCGGUCGGCAUGGUGACCAGUGCAGCACCCUGGCUGUCUUUCAACAGUGACCCCACCCCACCCUGGUUGUGGAUGGCCAGCUGGUCAGCAGCGACGUACCAGACCACGCCCCCUCUGGUUAUCUACCCCCCAGCUGUGUGGAUACCUGAACACACACAGCUGAUACAGUGGGAACGUCCGGCUGUUGAAGUGGUUCCUUUUGCUCUUCCACUCUAUCGUUCUUCACCUCUUCAUCCUCCUUGUCCUCUGCCAAAGUUAGCUGAAGGAUGGAUCUCAACAGAGGAACUGAGCAUGUUUCAGAGGAGAGACAAACCCCUCCUCCUGACCAAUCACAUCAUCCAGAGGCCAGAGAGACACGCCCCCAGAACACAUCUGCUGUUGUCUCCCUCUCGGCUGUCAGGUCGAGUUAGAAGGGACACAACAAAGAACAGAGACACGGAGCCAGAGGACUCCUCCUCCUCCUCCUGCGCCUCCUCCUCCUCCUGCUCCUCCUCCUCCUCCCUCCCCCUGCACCUCCUCUCUGUGACUCCUCUCCGCCUGCCUCUCCUCGCUGCUCCUCCUCCUCCUACAGGUGGAGCUUACUGGCAGUGGGAGGGACUUCAUAUACAGAGAGACAAUGGGGUGUGGCCCAUUAUUAUAACCAAUCAACGGCGUCGAAGGGCAUGGUCAGGACCAACCAUCAGCCUGGGGAGACGACUGUCUCCACCCACACAACAUUGUGUAUUUGGACCUGUCUCUUCCUCUCAGCUCUGCAGUGAUAGAUGCCCUGUCUUACCCGUCCAGGUGAUGAGAGAAGUUCAUCCCUCCUUCUUUUCAUCUCGGUUUUCUUCCAGAUUCACUCUGCUGACAAACUACAGGCACAAGAAGCGAUGGCUGAGAGGAGAUAAAGUAUCUUAUGGAAGAGCGUUGCUGCUGCGGACGGAGAGAACGACAGACGACAAACAGUGUGUUGGUGUGUCUUUAGACCGAGGACAGAAGGAGGACGAAAAGGAAGGAAGUGAACAAGGAAGGAAAGACAAACGUCCUGUUGCCUCCACACCUGUCCCAGGGUCGCCAUGGUGUGUCGUGUGGACCGGAGACGACCGCGUUUUCUUCUUCAAUCCUACAAUCCACCUGUCUGUCUGGGAGAGACCGGGGGAGCUGAUUGGUCGAGACAUCAGUGGCAUCAUCGAGGACCCGCCCCACAAGAGGAAAAAGACAACACCUGCUGACAGCAGCUCCAGCUGUCAGUCACCCGGUCUCCUUGGUGAGGAUGAAGAUGAUGACGAUGAACGCAGCUCCAAAAGGAAUAGAAUAGAGGAGCCAAUGUCUCUCGUCCCCUGUCCAGGAGAAGCUAAGCUCCUCCCCCUGGAGCUUCGUAUCGCUCAUUUCAGAGAAAUGAUGCUCGAGAGAGGGGUGUCAGCGUUCUCCACCUGGGAGAAGGAGCUCCACAAGAUGGUGUUCGACCCCCGAUACCUGCUGCUGACCUCAGAGCAGAGGAGACAGGUGUUUGAGCAGUUUGUGAAGAGCAGGCUGAGAGACGAGUACAAAGAGAAGAAGAGUAAACUGCAGAAAGCCAGAGAAGAGUUCAAACAGCUGCUGGAGGACGCCAACAUCACCAGCAGAUCGACCUUUAAGGAGUUCUGUACUCGUUACCGUGGUGACCAACGGUUUGACGCCCUCAGCAGGAAGAAGGAACAGGAGAUACUCUUUCACCAUUACAUCACUUCCUUGAAGAAACGAGACAAGGAGAACAGAGCCAGACUGAGGAAGAUGAGAUGAGACGGCUGCCUCAGAACCGGACAGAACCAUCUAGAACCUUUGUAGAACCCAUCCAGGCCCUUCCAAACCUUCCAGAACCUUCAGACAAACCUCUAAGGACCUUAUGUUCCACCUCACUGAGCCAAUCCUGAGAUCCUGACUCUGACUGAUCAGUCCUGGUUUCAAACUGGACCAGAACCACUGGAUCCAAGUUGCAGACUGAACCACCAGACCAGAGACUGGAUGGAACCACAGAGAUCAAACUGGGACCAGAGUGGUUCUGACAUUUUGCUUGUGGUCUGCGACCAGCAGACUGACACCGGUUUCUGUAUUCUUGACUGUUGUGGACUGAUGUCAUCUGGACCCACUGAACUGGUCCAGAAUUGGUCUAGAACUGGGCUGAAUCACACACAGACCUUAAAAGAUCUGAGCCAAGUUGAACCAAACCGAACUGGACUUCCAAUAGAAUAAGAGCACAAAAAAGUUUGUCUCAUCUGUUUGUCCCUCUGCCCUGACUGGAUCAAUCAUUUAGUCAAUCAAUCAAUCAAUCAAUCAAUCAAUCAAUCAAUCAAUCAAUCAAUCAAUCAAUCAAUCAAUCAAUCAAUCAAUCAGUCAAACAAACGGUCAUCCAGAGCCGGGUCGUGGGGGUCCCUCUCCUCAGCAAUGCUACAGCUCUCCUGGGGGAAAUGAGGCCAGAUAUAUAAUUAAUAUAUAUAUAAGAUAUAUAAUCUCUCCAGUGUGUCCUGGGUUGAUCCCAGGGCCUCCUACCAGCUGGACACCUCUAACAGGAGGGACCCAGGAGAUCCUGAUCAGACCACCUCAGCUGGCCCCACACCGGUACAGCGCCGCAUCACUGCUGAUGCCGCACCAAAUUGUCGGUCCAUCUUGCGCUCCAUACUCAUAGGUCCCCAAACCAAAACCCCUCCUCCUCCCGACUGCACCUUGAGAUCCUCCCCAUGAAAAUCACAGACAGAGUAGGUGAGCAGGUGAACAGCCCUGAUAGAGGCCAACACCCACUGAGAACGUAAGCAAACACAUCUGUCACUUUGCUUAUAUGAGGACCCCAUACCCAUAGUCCUGCAGUAUCCUCACAGCACUCCCAGUGGGAGACGUUUGUAUGCCUUCUCCAAGUCCACAAAACACACGUAGACUGGAUGAGCAAACUCCCAUGAGCCCUCUAGAAGCCCUGCAGGGUGAAGAGCUGAUCUACUGGUCCAGGACCAGGAAUUAAUCUGCUCCUCCUGGAUCUGGAAUCUGCUUUCCCAGCAGUGUGAUACCUCAAUAAUGACGAUUACGCUGUCCAGUCCGCUUUUAAAAAUAAUGGGAACCUGGGAACCUGGUGUACCCAGUCACCCUCACUACAAGUUUGGGUUUACCAGGUCUGUCGAGCAGCCUCCCCCUCCACCUGAAUUCUCCACACCAAAAUUGUAAAAUACAUUAAUGAACCGCCCUGUACUCUGACAUGCUGUUUGUUGUGGCCAGUCCGUGACUAACACAGCAACAACAGAACACCACCCGGUUCCUCCAGUUCCUCCCAAACAAUAGACCACUGGCCCACCCAGGUCCCCACUCCGCCCAGGUCCCCAGUCUGUCCAGGUCCCCACUCCAACUGCCGCCCAGUUUACUGUCUGACCCGACAUGUUUUAAAUACAGGAGUGUUCAUUUGUGAUAUUUCUGAGACAGACGUGAUUUCUGCGGUUUCCACUUUAUUUAUUUUUUUCGAUCUAUAUAUAUUUUAUCCAUCAUUUUAUUGCACUAUUUUAUGUUAAGAUUCUAAUAUUGUUUUUAUUUGUGUGAUCUUUUACAUUUUUAAACAAUAUUGGAAAGAUUUUAUAUGUUAUUUAAAGAUUUAUCAGUCAUGUGACUGCAGGCUCACAGCUGAUUGGUUAUAAGCUGCUGAUGUCACCUUCAUUCAGGUUAAAUUACCCAUAACCCUCAGAUGCUGUUGCCAUGGAGAAGAAGUCAGUCAGAGGUGUAAAUGUUUUAGUGAGACGCAUCAUGGCAGUCGUAGUUCUGACUGAACUCUGAUUGGACCAGCCAGGAGCAGGACCCGCCCCCCUCCUUCAUGUUUUUAUAUUUCCGUUAUCUGACGAUGUAAGCCCCACCCCCUCAGUACCAUGCUGAGCUGUGAUUGGACAUUUUGCGUCCUGAUGUUGUGAUUGGAUGUUUUUCAGUGUCCUGACUUCUCAUUGGAUGAUGUCUGUGCGUUUCAUUGGUUGUCGUGUUUUAAUUAAACUGUUCCUGCACACCUGCAUCGCUGUGUUUACUGUUUACAGGUGAACUUCCUGUUUACGGGUGAACUUCCUGUUUACAGGUGAACUUCCUGUUUACGGGUGAACUUCCUGUUUACAGGUGAACUUCCUGUUUACAGGUGAACUUCCUGUUUACAGGUGAACAUCCGGUCUACAAGUGAACUUCCUGUCUCACUGAUAGGUCACAUGACACACAGGUAGAUACAGCUAGCGCGCUAAUCUGUUAGCGUGUAUAUUGACCUCCCUCACCUCCUUCUCCUCCUCCUCUUUGUCCUGUUGACCUUUAUUACAUCUGAACUCGUGUUGAGGUUUGGAGGUCAGAACAAAUGAGCAUGUGCCUGAACUUUGAAUUCCUCUUCAAAUAUUCAACGUGUCGGAAAGUCGAUUCAAAGUAAAUGAUGCUACUGUGUG